AUGCAGAGGAGGAUGGGGGAGGCAGUGGCCAGGGUGGCCAGGAAGGUGAACCACACGGUGGAGAACAAAACAGAUUCCCUGGACCUGGCCAACUGCAAGCUGAUGACCUUCCCUGUGGGCAUCUACAAAGCCAUGAGGAGCGUCACCGAGGGGAUCCACCACAUCUCCCUGGCAAACAACGAGCUCAAGUCCCUCACCAGCCGCUUUGUCGCCACCUUCAGCCAGCUCAGAGAGCUCAACUUGGCAGGGAACUACCUGCACCGCCUGCCCGAGGAGCUCACCUCCCUCCGGCACCUCCGGGCCAUCAAUCUCUCCAGAAACAGAUUCCGACGUUUCCCAGAGCCUCUGGCUGCUCUCACCAGCCUGGAGACCAUCGACCUGGAAGAGAAUGAGAUCACAGAGGUGCCAGCAGAGCAACUGGCCUCCAUGGCAUCUCUGAGGAGCCUCAACCUGAGGGCCAACCCUGUGGGUCCUGAGCUGAGGCUGCUGGUCAAGCCCCUGGUCCCCUUCGACCUGCUGCUGUCACCAGAGGAGCCCCCCCAUGAAGCCUGA